AUGCCUCGUAAAGUUUGUCUUGUAGGUUCUGGGAAUUGGGGUUCCGCCAUUGCUCGUAUCAUUGGUGAAAAUACGAAAAAACUGGUCGAUACAUUUGAAUGUGAUAUUAAUAUGUGGGUUUUUCAAGAACAAGUCAAUGGUCGAAAUCUCACGGAUAUUAUCAACUCGGAACAUGAAAAUGUCAAGUAUUUACCUGGUUAUAAACUACCAACUAACAUUAUUGCUGUUCCUGAUCUAUUGGAGGCUGUCCGUGAUGCCGAGAUUCUUAUUUUCUGUGUCCCGCAUCAAUUUCUUGGACGAAUGUUGGUCUCUAUUAAACAACAAGGUCUUAAAGAAGGUGCCAUGGCUGUGUCUUUAAUUAAAGGCAUUGAUUUUGAUGACAAUGGAGUUGUCUUAGUAUCCGACCUUAUUCGUAAAGGAUUAAACAUUGACUGCAGUGUCCUCAUGGGUGCAAAUGUUGCCAAUGAAGUAGCAGCGGGAGAUUUUUGUGAAUCGACACUUGGGUGCUCUGAUCUUCGUCAUGGUGCAAUAUUACGUGAACUUUUCAAUGCUCCCAAGUUUCAUGUGGAGGUGGCAUUGGACCCACAUGGUGUCGAAAUGUGUGGGGCAUUAAAGAACGUUGUGGCACUAGGUGCCGGCUUUUGUGAUGGUCUCAAGUACGGUGGUAACACCAAAGCUGCCAUUAUCCGGAUCGGUCUCAGCGAGAUGAAGAAGUUUUGCUUCAAGUUUUUUGAUGGUGUCAAGGAAGACACGUUCUUUGAGAGCUGUGGCAUCGCCGACCUUAUCACCACAUGCUUUGGUGGUCGUAACCGCAAAUGUGCAGAAGCUUUUGUGACUCAGAAAACGACGUGGGAGGAGCUGGAAAAGACCAUGCUCAAUGGCCAGAUGCUACAAGGUACGCUCACGUCCAAGGAGGUGUACGGUAUUUUAAAGGACCACAACGCCGUGAACCAGUUCCCUCUCUUUGCAGCCAUCUACCGCAUCGCUUUUGAAGGUGCUGACCCUGCUACUAUCACGGAGCUCGAGUCCUCGCACUAG